AGAGGGAUGAAGACGGAGGAGGGAUCGGGACGCGCGAGGCGUCAGGCCAUAGGUGGCAGCACCAGCGACAACGUUUACAACUAAAAAUCUUGCUGCAAAUUUUGAGCUGGGCCUUGACCAUCCCGUAAUAUCUACACAAUCACAAUGUCUACUACACAAAAGCGUCGCAGUGAUCUCAACCCAGAAGAGCUGGCAGCUCUUGAGAAAGAGGAGUUUGCCACAGGGCCACUGCGCAUCUUAAAUGAAUCUGUUCAAAAUAAUACACAGGUUCUUAUAAAUUGUCGGAACAAUAAAAAGUUAUUGGGAAGAGUGAAGGCAUUUGACCGGCACUUCAAUAUGGUGUUAGAGCAAGUGACAGAGAUCUGGAUGGAACAGCCCAAGACAGCCAAGGGUCAGAAGAAGGCAAAGCCUGUUAACCGUGAAAGGUAUAUCCAGAAGAUGUUUCUGCGAGGAGACUCUGUGAUAAUUGUCGUGAAGAAUCCUCUUGGUAGUCAGCAGAGUGCAUAAUGUACAACCCGGGUGUUUACAUGUAUGAUGAAAACUUUUUUAAUCAAUGCUGAAUAUUUUCAGUCAUCUGUGUGUAGGAUUUUGUAAGAAUCACCUUUUGUCCUUAUAUAAUGGGAAAAUAUUUGUUCUUAUCUUUCUUUCAUGCAGUCAUUAAUAAAAUAGCAUUGAGCAAAAAAGUUUGCUACUUGUAUCAGUUAUUAACAGUAAGUUUUGUAAUAAAUAUCAGAAAUUAA